AUGAACUGUGUCAAGCAGCAAGUGCGCGCAAUGAAGGCGAGCCAAACCAGGGGUUCGAUUGUUGUCGUCGCGUCGGUCGGUGGCCUGAUAGGGACAGAGAACGGCGCAGCCUAUUCGGCCGCAAAGUUUGGGAUUGUGGGCUUAAUCCGCUCAGCCGCAAAGGAAACCGCGAUCUUCAGGAUCAGGAUAGUAGGAAUUGCCCCUGGCAUUAUCAAGACGCCCAUGAUCCUUGAUUCCCCUGCCGGUGAAGCCUUUAUGGUCGGGGCUAUUGCCCAUACUCCGCUUCGCCGCGCAGCUGAACCUGACGAGGUAGCUCAUCUUGCGUUGUUUUUGCUAAGCGGCGCGAGCUCUUUUGUUACUGGGAGUGUCCAUACUGUUGAUGGUGGUCUUCUGGUGUAG